AUGACUAGACUCGGUGGCACUGCUGUGCCAUUCACAUGGCCUGCCGACACCAAGACUGCCAUAGCUUUGACCUUGGACAACAUGGGCGAAGCCGCCGAUCUGAACCGAGGAUUAUGGCCAAAAGAUGAGCUUGUCGGGAAGCACUACUCUGUAACAGAAGUCUUACCCAAGAUCCUGGCAUUGCUAAAGAAAUAUGACAUCCACGUAACAUAUUUCAUCGAAUCGUGGAACUUGAAACACUAUCCUGAAUUUAUUGCUAAUCAGCUUGCGAAAGCUGGUCACGAAGUUGCGUGGCAUGCGUGGCAGCACGAAGCAUGGAGCAAGCUCGACGAAGACGAGGAACGGGCUAACUUCGACCGUAGCUUCGGAGAGAAUGGGCUGUCAGGCUUUUGUGCUGGCACGGGACGAGGCAAGGUGCUGCCAUAUCGAGGGUUUCGGCCUCCAGGCGGCCAGAUUCAUGGCAAUCGGACAAUAGCAUUGUGUCGGGAGUAUGGCUUGGGCUAUAUCAGUCCUGCUGCGGAGAAGGCAGCUAUUGUGCCAGUAGGCGGUCAGAAUCCAAAAGAUAGCAUGGUCAUUCUGCCGUUCAGGUGGCGGACAGUGGAUGCCACUUACUUCAUGGACCAAUUCUCGGGACUUCGAAAGAUGAAGGGUAUGCAGGAGACUGUCAUGACCGAACAUCAACUUGUCACGAGCUACAAAAAAGAAAUUGACAACGCGAUCGAGGAUGGCCAGUUCCUGUCUUUGCUUUUCCAUCCGUUCUUGACAAACACGACAGCUCGAUUCAAGGCCAUGGAAGAGAUCGUUCAGUAUCUCGCCUCAAAGCGAGACCAAGGAUUGAUUUGGCUAGACCGGUGCCGCGACAUUGAGCAAUAUUGCCGCCAGAACCCUAGGAGCGUGGCUCAAGAUCCGGAGUACGAUACAGCGGAGUGGAGAUGA